CGCGCGAUGCUGGGCAGCAGGACGACAUGAGGCAUCGGGCAGCAUGAAGCAGCCGGAUAGCCCGGACGGGUUCCGGAACGGCUAUGUAAGGAGCUCGGUGACCCCUCUGAAGCCGGACCCGCCCGGGGGCCCCUGGUGGCCCGCAUGGCCCGGACGUUUGCGCUGCUACGCGCUAUGGUGCGCCGCGGUGGCUGCGUUGGCCGCCGCCUGUUGGCAGAGCACAGGGUGGGCGCAGAGUUUGGUGCUGGCCCUGAGCCCCCUCUUCAGUCUGGGCUGCGCUUUCUUCUUCCUGACCUGCUACCUGGCCCGGUCCCAGAGGGGCAGCGGGGCUCUGUGGCUGCUGGCACUGCCCGUGUGCUGCCACUGCGGGGAUGUGCUGGGUGCCCAGCUGCUGCCAGGUGGAGAGGUGGCACGGCUGCUGGCGGUGCUGCUGUGUGUGGGGCUGCUGACCCUGUGGCAGGCUCUCCGGCUGUGGCACAGUGUGCUGGUGCUGCUCUUCUCCAGCCUGGUAUGGCUCAUCUCCCUUACCAGCCUCAGCUGGGUGUCCCAUGCCAUCAGAGCCCUGGGAGGUUGCCUGGUGGGGCUGGCCGGCUCUCUGCUGGCUCUCUUCUUCUGCCAUUGCUUCCACAUCCGGGAGAACCAGCCCAAGACUGGGCCACUGCUGGAGGACAAGGUGCCAGUCAUCAGACCCAGGAGGAGGUCCAGCUGUGUGUCCCUGGGGGAGACCUCCAGCAGCUACUAUGGAAGCGGCAAGAUGUCCAGGAGACCUUCCCUGCCCUGCAUCUCCCGGGAGCAGAUGAUCCUUUGGGAUUGGGAUUUGAAGCAAUGGUACAAGCCUCAGUAUCAGAACGCUGGUGGAGGGAACGGCGUUGACCUCUCCGUGCUGAACGAGGCCCGAAACAUGGUCUCCGACCUGUUGGUGGACCCCUCCCUCUCGCCCCAAGUCGUGUCAUCACUACGCAGCAUUACCAGUUUAAUGGGGACGUUCUCCGGCUCCUGCCGGCCGAAAGUCAACCCGUUCACCCCUUUCCCUGGGUUCUACCCCUGCGCCGAGAUGGAAGACCCCAUGGACAAGGGAGAGAGAAAGUUCCACAAG